UUCCGCAAAAGCACUUGUGAGCUUGAAAGAGGGAAGUUUAUCCAGCACGUGGAAUGAAAAGUAUAAUUCUCUGCAGAAAACACCUAUUUGGAAAAGCAAGAAUGCUGGUUCUGCUGUGGAAAUGCCCUUCAGAAAUUCAAAACGGAGUCGACUCUUCUGUGAAGAAGAUGACAGACAAAUAAACGCAAGGUCACCCAAAAGAAAUCAGAAGGUUGCGAUGGUUCCACAGAAGUUUACUGCAACAAUGCCAACGCCAGACAAGAAAGCAUCGCAGAAGAUUGGUUUGCGGCUUCGUAACCUGCUCAAACUGCCCAAAGCUCACAAGUGGUGCAUAUAUGAGUGGUUCUAUUCAAAUAUAGAUAAGCCAUUAUUUGAAGGAGAUAAUGAUUUCUGUGUAUGCCUGAAAGAAUCCUUCCCAAAUCUGAAAACUAGAAAGUUGACAAGAGUAGAGUGGGGAAAAAUCAGACGACUGAUGGGAAAACCACGAAGAUGUUCCUCUGCAUUCUUUGAGGAAGAAAGAUCAGCAUUAAAACAGAAACGGCAGAAAAUAAGACUUUUGCAGCAGCGUAAGGUUGCAGAUAUUUCACAGUUCAAAGAUCUUCCAGAAGAAAUUCCGUUACCACUCGUAAUAGGAACAAAAGUUACAGCACGGUUGCGGGGAGUUCAUGAUGGCCUGUUUACUGGACAGAUAGACGCUGUCGACACUCUCAAUGCCACGUACAGAGUGACUUUUGACAGAGCAGGUCUUGGAACACAUACAGUCCCAGAUUAUGAAGUUCUUAGCAAUGAGCCCCAUGAAACCAUGCCAAUUGCUGCCUUUGGACAGAAACAACGGCCUUCUCGGUUCUUUAUGACCCCUCCCCGAUUGCAGUAUACACCGUCGUUCCAGUCUCCAAUUACAGACAAUGAUCCUUUAUUAGGACAAUCUUCAUGGAAAAGCAAAAUUUCAGGCACAGAUAGUGAAACACUAGGCGGCUUUCCAGUAGAAUUCCUCAUUCAAGUGACCAGGUUAUCAAAAAUCCUCAUGAUCAAGAAAGAACACAUCAAACAAUUGAGAGAGAUGAAUACAGAAGCAGAAAAGCUGAAAUCCUAUUCUAUGCCGAUCAGCAUUGAGUUUCAGAGGAGAUAUGCAACUAUUGUUCUAGAUCUAGAACAACUAAACAAAGAUUUAAACAAAGUAUUGCAUAAGGUUCAACAGUAUUGUUACGAGCUUGCUCCAGACCAAGGCCUCCAGCCUGCAGAUCAGCCAACAGACCUGAGACGGAGGUGCGAAGAGGAAGCUCAGGAGAUUGUCAGGCAAGCAAAUUCCUUGACAACCGGACAGCUGUGUGUGGAAAAUGAAAACUUAACUGAUCUUAUCUCCAGACUUACAGCAAUAUUACUGCAAAUUAAGUGUCUAGCAGAAGGAGGUGACCUGAAUUCCUUUGAAUUUAAAUCACUAACAGAUUCAUUAAAUGACAUCAAGAAUUCAAUAGAUUCUUCAAAUAUCAGCUGUUUUCAGAAUAACGUUGAGAUCCAUGUUGCACAUAUUCAGAGUGGCCUGAGCCAGAUGGGAAAUUUACAUGCGUUUGCAGCUAAUAACACCAACAGAGACUGAGAACUUUAUUUCCAGCGUACAGCGAGUAGUUCUGGAAAAUCCUCUUCCUUUGCAUAGGCUUCACCAAAUAUCCUAACUGCCAGAAGAUAAGGAAAAAGACCUCUCGAGAAGGACCCUUUCUAAAUACCUUAUAUCUUCUUAAGAAAACCAGCAUUACUGGCCAGCAUUACAUUAGAUUUUUCCAUUUGUUAUUCACCUACAGUAGUUUUGCUAACCAAUAAUCUCUUAGUAACUGCAUUUAGUAUAACAAACUUGAAG